AUGUCAACAAGCGAGGGAGGUGACGGCGUCAAAGCCGUCGAGCUCCCGAAAAAUGAGAAUGAUAGUAGCCCAAAACAAGCUAACAACAUAGGCGAAAGCACCGAAGCAUCUGGUGCCAAGAACAAUCGUCAAAGAAGAAGAUCAAACACAAAAGGCGAAAAUGCGGCUUCUAGAAAUGGAAGUCGUAAUAAUAGCCAAAGUGCGCCAAAGACUCAUGCUACUCGCAAAGACUGGUCGGAAAGAAAAAGUUUUAGUCAUGGUGGUAAAGAAAAUCCGAAAGUCAACAAGAAUGACGACCAUCAUAGAACACGAAGCACAAACUCGACCAACGGAAAACGAGAUCCCCGUGAGUCGACAAGAACUCUUUCCCAGGUUAGCAAUGGAGAUGCCUACGACUACAGCGAUGAAUACGAUCUUGAAGAGCCGUUUUCGGAUUCUGAAGACGAAUCUUUUCGUCCAAAGAAACCGCAAAAAAUGAAUCUUACCAUCGCACGUGGAAGAAUCCGCACACUCUCCGGAACAGUACCACUCGUUGGAUACUCGCCGCAUUGGGGAGGCCCAACUAUGUGCUUAAGCUGCUUACAGUUUUUUGAUCUUCCCGAUCAAAUUCCGAAAUUCGCCGAUCAUUUGCUCAAAGAACAUAAGAUCGUAGUUUCGGAAAUGCAUUUGAUCGUUGAUCCAAAGCGUUAUAUCGAACAUUGGCGCCAGCGCUUUGUCAAAGAAAGUAUUGACCAAGUUUUCCCAAGAAUUGAGCCAUCCGAGGGAGAAAACUACUACGGUGAAACGGAUUAUUAUUAUCUCAUGUCGGAGAACGUUGCUGAAGACCGCACUCUUCGACAGAGACUCGCCAUGCGAAGAUUGGAAGAGGCUUUGUCAUGUCAACAACGCGAAAGAGAAGAUACUUCUUUCCAACUUCAAUGCAUUUUUUGUCGUUACAACGCUCGCGGAAAUCGCUCAAAGAUAAUUCACCAUCUUUAUAUGAUCCACCAUCUCAACCUCGGAUCUCCAGACAAUCUUGUAUUCGUUACUGAGUACAUAGAGCAUCUUAAGGAAAAACUUCAUCGCAACGAGUGCAUUUAUUGUGAAAAAGUCUUUCCGGAUCGCAACACACUGAUGGAUCAUAUGAGAAAAAGAAACCAUCGUGAAGUUAAUCCGAAGAAUCAUUAUUAUGACAAGUUUUACAUCAUCAAUUAUCUCGAGUUGGGCAAACGUUGGCUGGACGUACUUGCGGAAGAUUUCGAGGACACAAUGCCAACUUUCCAAGAUUCUGACGAAGAGGAGGAAGAUCAGGAAUGGUGCGAAUGGCAAGAGGACAACUUAGAUGCUGAUGAAACACGUGUCGUCUGCUUGCUUUGCGAGCAUACCGAUGAUAAUGCUUCAACUCUUUUGGAGCAUAUGAAGGCUACGCAUGAAUUCGAUGUGUUGAAGUUAUUCCAAGAAGCGAAAUUCACUAGUUAUCAAAGAUUGCGUUUGAUUAAUUACAUCCGCAAACAGAAUUACCAUGCGAACUGCUGGGUUUGCUCGGAUGAGAAUUUAGAGAAUCCUCUCGCUCUCUCCAAACAUAUUCAAGAGCAUAAACCACUAAAGGCGCUUCCGGAUUCUUCGAUUUGGGAUAACGAAGAGAACUUGGUCCCACUUUUCGGCAACGAUCAUUUCCUGUGGCAACUUGAAUCUAUGCUUGAGGAAGGUGAAGAUUUUACCGAUGGUGAUGACGAGUUUGAAGAUGCGACCAAGAAGUUCAAAAAACUUGUUAUUGACAGUAAGAAGAACACUGUUGAAGGGGUUAUUGCUGAAGAUCUUCCUGACCUCCACGAGAUGACUACAGCCGAGCUCGAUGAUUUAAUGUAG